AUGAAGAAGAGCAUGGAGUCCACGGUGAAAGGUGGUGCGACUGAAGUACUGAAGUCCACUAGGAGGAGGAGGUGAGCGUCUGCACGAUGCGGAGGAACGUGCAUGAACAAGCUGCGGAUUCGAACACGCGAACAGUCACGCAAGGUGAUUGAGUGAAGAGCCUCCAAUGAACCAAGAAAAGGCUGAAGGAUCUUAAGACAGGACAGUGAUGUUCAGUGUUCUGUGUUACCGUGGAAACAUGACCAGCAUCACCACUUUUUUCAGACGUCAGUUUUCUGGUGCUGAACAGAUCUGCUCCCAGAGACCAAGCGGGUCAUUGAGGACCUCAAUUGUUCCUUGAACAAGGAGGAGGAGGCAAACACUAGAGGGGCUGCGACAUGGGAUUGGGUUUUUAAACUCCAGCACUCAAAGUUCAGGUCUUGACCUUCCAUUCAUCAACAUGAGAAGCCAGUAUUCAACUCUGAGUUUGACAUUUUGGGACCAAAUUGCUACUACGACAAGGCAAAAUCCUUCUUUGACAAAAUCUCUUCUGAUAAUAAAGUCAGGUAACUUUGUGAGUGUAAGUGACUCACAUCCACAUGUAAUGGCCCAAUAAACUUGAUAUUUUUAGAUGUACUUUAAUGAGAGACAUAUUUUCAGGGGGUUAAUGAAGGCAGUGAGUUGUAGUUGGUUCCUUCCUUCCAUCAUCCUUUACAUUUACCAUAAUAAUUCCACUCUCAUCCAUUCAGAUGGUUGCUGAAUGGAUGAUAGUAAUAGCUUGAGGAGCUUUUUCAUCUCCAUAUAAACAGUUUUAGAUUCUUUGACCGUAAAUAUGUCUGAAUACUAAAUAUCAACGACAUGAUUUAAGGCUCUGAUCGCCGCCACUUGAAGGCUGUUCCCUCUUGAAUCGGAGGAUUCAGGAGGAGAGGCGACUGCUCACCAUCUGGACGCAACCAUUACCCCCGAGGGGGCACAGUACUCGUCUGCUCUUUUCCUUAUUGAGUUAGUCAAGUUUCGGUGUAUCGUGGGCGAAGAAAUAUAUAUACUGAAGGACAUUUGAGUUUCAUUGUAGUAUUUUCGUCGCUCUUAAGGAGGCAAAUCAUUACUGAAAAUCUUGCAUCGAAUUUGCCCCCCCUUGCACUUGCGAAUGGACGCGCCGUCGAGAAACCAAACACAGGGCUAAAAACAGUUAAUAAAAAAAGAGCGCCGUUUUAUUUCCCACAUGUCAGCAUGUCGGUGCCGCUGUCUCCGGCGCGUCCAAGAAGCAGAGCGGAUGUGACUCCUCAGGCCAUUCAAAAGAUGCUGGAUGAAAAUCACCAGUUAAUUCAUUGUAUAAUGGAGCAGCAGAGCAAAGGCAAGACUGCUGACUGUGCACAAUAUCAGCAGCUCUUGCACCGGAACCUUGUGUACUUGGCCACGAUGGCAGAUUCCAAUCAGAACAUACAGUCUCUUCUACCUGCGCCUCCGUCGUCCAACAUGGGUGGAGGUUUCUCUGCGAGCAACAUGAAUGACAGCAUGCUCGCCGGCGUGCCCCCUGCGUCCAUGAUUCCGAGUCAGCUGAGUAACGCCUCCAUGCUGCACCAGCAGUCGGGUCCUCACUGCUCAGCCGCGCAGGCCGGAGCCCUCUAUCCGGGCCAGUCGGUGAUGGCUCAGGGAAGCGGUCAGAGGAGCACAGGAACCUACCGCUCCACGCAGGGUUCUGGUCAGCAGUAUGUGGGCCAUGAUGAGUUCUACGGAGACCAGUAUGGAGCCAUCAAAAGCUCCAACGAACCUUUGAACCAGUCGUUCUAUCCUGAAGGCCCCGGCGAGUUUUCAUAUCAGCAGUGCUCGUACGGAGAGCAGGGUUACGAGCGGCCCUACGAUGACUCGUCACAUUACUACGAAGGAGGUAACCCCCAGUACAGUCAGCCGCCCGCUGUGUAUCAGCCGCCCAGCCAGCAGCCCUUCGCCUCUCAAGGCUACAGCGGACAGGGAUACGGUGGGAGCCGCUCUCCUUGCAUUAAGAUUGAGGUUUUCACGUGUCAUGUUCUCUCUGUAGGACCAGGCCAGAGUGGAUCUCUGCAGUACUCCCAUUAUCCAUCCGGCCCAAACCAACAGUAUGGAUCCUAUCGAGGGUCUGGUUCUGGACCGCAGACGCCAAGGUCCUACACAUAUGAGCAGGGUCAGUAUGGGAACUAUCAGCAAUAAUGCCGCUCAGUAAAAGACAGCGUUCACUCUUUAAAUCAACUCAGCACAGUGGUUCCUGAUGACCUGUGUGACUGUUGAUGGAAGCUCUGUUGGAUCAGUUGGAUCUUAAAGCCUCAGCUGCCGCUUAAGUUAAGCCUUAUGAAGGUGUUGCUUGGCUUUUCGUACUUUGAAUCUAAAUAAAUAAUUCUGGGUUGUA